CAAUUUCUCUAGACAACCUUUAAAAAAAAAAUUAAGAAAAAAAAAGACGAUUGUUGCUUUAUUUUGAUAUUCCGACUCCGUGUACUAGAUCGGUUCUCACUCCGGAGUAGCAAGAGAUGGAUUCAUCGUCAUCAGCACUGCUAUACAGCCAUCUCAAGGCUGCAGAUCCCUUUUUCUUAAUGGCUGGUCCAAAUGUGAUUGAAUCUGAAGGCCAUGUCAUGCGAAUGGCUGCUCGCAUAAAGGCUGUCGCCUCAAAAGUUGGGUUGCCCCUGGUGUUUAAGUCAAGCUUUGACAAAGCUAACCGAACAUCAUCAAAAUCAUUUCGGGGUCCAGGCUUGACUGAAGGUUUAAAGAUCCUUGAGAAGGUUAAAUUAGCGUAUGACUUACCUAUAAUUACCGAUGUUCAUGAAGCUUCUCAGUGUGAAGCAGUUGGCAAAGUUGCAGAUAUUAUUCAAAUUCCCGCAUUUCUGUGUCGUCAGACAGAUCUCCUAGUUGCAGCAGCCAAGACUGGGAAAAUUAUCAAUGUCAAGAAGGGCCAGUUUUGUGCUCCUUCUGUCAUGGAAAAUUCUGUUGAGAAGAUUAGACUGGCUGGAAAUUCAAAUGUGAUGGUCUGUGAGAGGGGAACUAUGUUUGGAUACAAUGAUUUAAUUGUUGAUCCACGCAACUUGGAGUGGAUGAGAGAAGCUAAUUGUCCUGUUGUUGCUGAUGUUACACAUUCACUGCAACAGCCUGCUGGGAGAAAGUUGGCUGGUGGAGGUGUUGCAAGCGGUGGUCUUCGUGAAUUGAUACCAUGCAUUGCAAGGACAGCUGUUGCUGUUGGUGUUGAUGGAGUUUUCAUGGAGGUGCACGAUGAUCCUUUGAAUGCGCCGGUUGAUGGUCCAACUCAAUGGCCCUUGCGCCAUUUGGAGGAACUUCUUGAAGAGCUUGUGGCAAUUGCAAGGGUGAGCAAGGGGAAGCAACCCUUCAAUAUUGAUCUUACACCAUAUCGUGAUUGAAGAUUAACGAGGCCACUUUCUGUGGUAAGAAAGUGAAUUAAUGUCAAAUUAUUGUUCAUGCCAUGUUUUGCAUUUUAUGUAUUUUAUAUAAAUAUCACACUAGAUAUUUUUUUAAUUUAAUUUUGUAAUUUUUUUUUCUUUUCUAAAAUGAAUUCUGCUGUACCAUUUUGUCUCGUUAUUUCCCAUCAUGCAAUGGAUUUACAAAACUUCAGGACUUGAUAAUUAUGAGAAGGAUUGUGCCAAUUAGACACUCCUAAUUUAACUGAACUAUAAGAAUCCUUCAGUCGUUGCUCCUCUUUGUAUAUUUUACCUUAACGUUUCAAAUUUUCUUUGUGAAAUGUAAUGGCUUUUGAAGUUGAUGCUUUGAAUUUU